GCCAGCUACCGUGCUAGGCCUUAAUUGAAAGAUAUACGACGAUUAACUUAUAUUAUAUAUUUUAAUUGCGACCAGCUGGUUUCCUUUUUUCUCUAUCUCUCUCUCUCUCUCUCUCACUCACUGUGUUGUUGUUCAGCAACGAUCGCGAUACCAAAUAUUUCAUAUAUCGGGCUAGCUACCGAAUUUCUUCAUCUCUGCAGUCUCGCAGCUUCGAAGUGGUUAAGUAAUUUUUUUCUUUUCGGUGGAAAAAAAAUAAUUUCCGAGGUGUUUGCCGCGCAUAUACUUACUUACAUACGCAUACCUGGAACCUAGUCUACCUAAUUGCUUCUGUACACAUUUGCCGUCAAUAUCCAGUAAAAUAAUCGCACCUCGACUCUAACCAUGGAUGUUUACCCAAUGCGACUGUUGCCCGGCACCGAAAUAAAAUCUUAUUUACAAGCCUUCGUCGAGCGGAAUAAAUUACAGGCAGCUUUUAUAUUGACGUGCUGCGGUAGCGUUACUAAAGCUCGUUUACGAUUCGCCUCCGAUCAACAUCUCGAUCAUAAAACGGUAACCGUCGAUGAAAAAAUGGAGAUUACUUCUCUAGUGGGUACCAUAUGCAAAGAUGGAGCUCACUUGCACACGACGUUGGGUAAUCAAAACGGACAGACUGUUUCGGGUCACGUAGUAGGAGACUUUAUUGUACAUACGACUGCCGAAAUCGUUUUGGGAAACGCUGUCGGGUAUGAUUUUUCGAGAAAGUUCGAUGAAAAUACUGGAUUCGCCGAGUUGGUGGUUGAAAGUAAAAAGACUGAUGAAUAGUGAUGGUAAUGAUCAAUGAACUAGAGACUAGAGUAGUGCGAAAUUUUGUUAAUUUUAUUAUUUUAAAUGAAUUUUACGAACGAAUAACAUCUCUUGAUUGAUUGAAGCAUC